AUGCUGAGCCUGCUGUGUCUGACUCUCUUCUUUGUUGGGUCCUCCACUGCUGGAAAUUCACCAGCUGUGCCUGAGGAUGUGCUGGUGGGCAUCGUGGGGGGGCACAGUGCCCCUCAGGGGAGGUGGCCAUGGCAGGUCAGCCUGAGGAUCUACAGCUACUACUUUGCCUCCUGGGUGCACAUCUGUGGGGGCUCCCUCAUCCACCCACAGUGGGUGCUGACUGCUGCCCACUGCAUCCACGAGAGAGAUGCUGACCCAUCGGUCUUUCGGAUCCACGCUGGGGAUGUGUACCUCUACGGGGGGAAGGAGCUGCUAGGUGUGAGCCAGGUCAUCAUCCAUCAGGACUAUGUGCACGGUGUCCUGGGUUCAGACGUGGCCCUGCUUAGGUUGGAGAAGCCCCUGGGCUGCUCUGCCAACAUCAAGCCUGUCAAGAUGUUCUCUGGGUCUCUGGAGGUCAACUCGAGGAACCCGUGCUGGGUGACUGGCUGGGGCAGGGUCCACAUGUAUGAGUUGCUGCCCCCUCCCUACCGCCUGCAGCAGGUUCAAGCGAAGAUAGUGGACAAUGCCAUCUGUGAGCAGCUAUACCACAACGCAACCAGGCACCGCUACCGGAGCCACAGGUUCAUCCAAGAUGACAUGCUGUGUGCUGGCAGCGAGGGCCGAGGGACCUGCUUUGGUGACUCAGGUGGCCCCCUGGUCUGCAGGGUAGCAGGCUCCUGGAACUUAGUAGGAGUGGUCAGCUGGGGCUAUGACUGUGCCCUGAGUGACAUCCCUGGGGUCUAUGCACGCGUGCAGUCCUUCCUGCCCUGGAUCACGCAGCAGAUGCAGAAGUUCUCCUGA